AUGGCAGAUUCAAAGGACACUUGGAAGAAAGUCAAAAUGACCACUAACAGUGAAGUAAUCAAAGGUCCCCUCCCGCGCCGGCCCCGCCAGACCCUCCCCGCACGCCCCCCUGCGCCCCCUACCCGGCGCCCGCCAACCUGCCAAUCACACCCGCAGCACCCUGCCGUCCAGGUUCCAGGGGGUGGGGGCCAGGGCGGCCGCGCUCUUUUCCGGAGCCGGCCCCCCUGGAGGGCGGGGAAGUGGAGCGCUGCUCCGUCCACCUUCCCCGGGGCCGGGAAUGGCGGCGUCCGGCUCCCCGGGGCCAACUCCGAGUCCCUGCCUGAAGGAAACGCGCCAAGCCCCACCGCCGCUGGCCCCUGGCGGGGGGAGAGGAGAAAAUGAACUUACCUCCGGACGGUCCCGUCGGCGGAGCCAGCGCGGGAGUCCCGGGGGCCCAGGAGGUCCCGGCGCGGCGGCUACCGCAGUGCCCUCCGCCCCAUUGUUUCCCUUCCAAGAGGAUCCCGGCGAAGCCGAGCCCUGGAACCAGGAAGUUCCCCGGCGCGACACCUCCUGCCGCCGCUAUGGAAACGGCCCCCGCCUCCCAGGGCGGCUCGCCCGGGACCCCGCCUCCGCGCCACCGACCCCGCCCGCCUCACGGGCCGCUGCCAACCGACGCCGCUGCGGCCGCGGCCGCCGCCAUCUUGGGGCGGCCCGGGCGGCCUCUUCCCGGCGGCACGUGCGCGCUGCUCCCGCGUUCCCGCCGGCCGCGGGGGCGCGCUGCCAGGGCUGCCGUGUCAGCUUUCCUUUUUUAGAUCAUGGAAAUUGUCAAGAGUUUUAAUCUCCAGAAUCGUCCAUCAAGAGGUUCCAUAAAAAGAUGAAUGAUGGGAAAGGGCAGUCUACGGCGGAGUCGCUGAGGAACCUCUGGAUUCAGACAGCCUGAGUUCAAACCCCAGCUCCACCGCUGGCCACCUCUGAGACCUGGGUUAGUGUGCAACCCUCUGCCUCAGUUUCCUCCCCUGCAGAAUGAGGACAGCAAUAGAAACUACCUCACAGGGUUGGCUUAGAGGACUAAGUGAGAUUAUGCAUGCAGAAUGCUUAGCCCAAUGACUGGUA